GGGCGGGGCUAAAUGCUGGGGAAAAAUCAACCUUUUUGUGGUCGCUCGUUGGGUCCGUGUCGCGACUGACUUCGAUCUGCGGCAGUCAUGUUGCCCAACACCGGGAAGUUAGCAGGAUGUACUGUCUUCAUCACAGGUGCAAGCCGUGGCAUUGGCAAAGCGAUUGCUUUGAAAGCGGCCAAGGAUGGAGCAAACAUAGUCAUUGCUGCGAAGACCGCCCAGGCACACCCCAAACUUUCAGGCACCAUCUAUACUGCUGCUGAAGAAAUCAAAGCAGCUGGAGGAAAGGCCUUGCCAUGUAUUGUUGAUGUGAGAGAUGAAGAGCAAAUCAGCAGUGCUGUGGAGAAGGCAGUGGAAAAAUUUGGAGGAAUUGAUAUUUUGGUGAAUAAUGCCAGUGCCAUUUGCUUGACCAGCACAUUGGAAACACCUACGAAGAAAGUGGAUUUGAUGAUGAACGUCAACACCAGAGGCACCUAUCUUACAUCUAAAGCAUGCAUCCCUUAUUUGAAAAAGAGUAAAAUUGCUCAUAUCCUCAAUCUCAGCCCACCUCUGAACCUGAAUCCACUGUGGUUCAAACAGCACUGUGCUUACACUAUUGCUAAAUAUGGUAUGUCUAUGUGUGUACUCGGAAUGGCAGAAGAAUUUAAAGGUGAAAUUGCAGUCAAUGCAUUGUGGCCUAAAACAGCCAUACACACUGCUGCUAUGGAUAUGCUGGGAGGAUCCGGUAUCGAAAGCCAGUGUAGAAAAGUUGAUAUCAUCGCAGAUGCUGCAUAUUGCAUUUUCAAAAAGCCAAAAAGUUUUACGGGCAACUUUAUUAUCGACGAAAAUAUCUUAAAAGAAGAAGGAAUAAAAAAUUUUGAUGUCUAUGCCGUUACACCAGGCCAUCCUUUGUUACCAGAUUUCUUCUUGGAUGAACAGCCAGCUACAGUUACAAAGAAAGCAGACUCAUAUGGUGCUGUUCCAGAAUUGAAAGAAGAGAAGAUGCAGCCACCACCAAAACCACGUUCUGGAGCUGUGGAAGAAACAUUCAGAAUUGUUAAGGACUCACUCAAUGAUGACGUUGUUAAAGCCACUCAAGCCAUCUACCAGUUUGAACUCUCAGGUGAAGAUGGUGGAACAUGGUUUCUUGAUCUUAAAAACAAGGGUGGUAAUGUUGGAUAUGGAGAGCCUUCUGAUCAGGUAGAUGUGGUAAUGAGUAUGUCUACUGAUGAUUUUGUAAAAAUGUUUUCAGGGAAACUAAAACCAGCAAUGGCAUUCAUGUCAGGAAAAUUGAAGAUUAAAGGAAACAUGGCCCUGGCAAUCAAAUUGGAGAAGCUAAUGAAUCAGAUGAACUCCAAGCUAUAAAGAGAAAAGAAAAUAUGUUGACUGCUAAGCUCAAAAAGUAAAAGGGCUCAACAGUUAAAAUUGAAUGUUUCUUGUCAUCCCUAUUAUAAGGAUAUUCAUGUUUGUUCUGGGAAAAAGAUAGAAUUUCUGUAUCUAUAAGACUUGAAAUUGUAAUUAAAACAACUGUCCAACCAAACAUAAGCAUCAUUAAGUAGUCCUGUAUCUCAUAUACCAUCAUCUUCUAGGAAAAGUAUUAUUAGUGAUCAGUCAGGGUCAGGCAGUAACAUUAACUCUUUUCAAUAUCUUCUUCCCGUAUAAAAUGAAACUAGUCUGUUUUAAAAUUUUCAGUUUAGGAUUGUAUACUAAUGAUAUUUUAGGUUUAUAAAUUUGUUUUAAAGAAGAUCUUUUAUAGUGCAUUUUCAGAGAAAUCAUAUAAUAGACUACUUAAUAAAUACUAUUUGUGAAGAUGAAUUAAAAACAUUUUUUCAUGUUGUUAACUACCUUUCUAAAUGUAAGUUACCUAUAGGAAAAUAUUAUUGAUAUAAUUCAACUAAUUGCAAUAUAGAUCCUAUUUUAAGUUAUGUGAAGAUAUCCUAAAAUAAAAUAAUUUCUUUCCUGAA